CAUCGUCCUCCCUGGUAAAAAAGCGCAGGCAAGCAACGAAGAUUUGGUUCCUCAUCAAAGACCCCAACUUUUCAAAAAAUAAAAAUAAAACAAAAAUAAAAUAAAAAGAUGGAGAAGAUGAUGAAUAUGAUAAAGCCAAAGCCAAAUCCACAGCAGCAAUUGAGAGAUUGGCAGCGUAAACUUCGCCAAGAGUGCCGCAACAUCGAACGCCAAAUUCGAGAUAUACAGAGGGAAGAGAAGAGUGUGCAAAAAGCAAUUAAAGAUGCUGCCAAGAGAAACGACAUGGGUUCUGCAAAGUCACUUGCUAAAGAAAUUGUGAGAUCUAGAAGGACUGUGAACCGUCUUCAUGAAAAUAAGGCACAACUGAAUUCGAUAUCGAUGCACCUUGGGGAGAGUGUUGCUAUUGCCCGUACCGUGGGGCAUUUAUCCAAGAGUUCUGAGGUUAUGAAGCUUGUCAAUAACCUUAUGAAGGCUCCAGAAGUGGCUGUUACAAUGCAAGAAUUUAGCAAGGAGAUGACCAAGGCAGGGGUAAUUGAAGAGAUGGUGAAUGAUAGUCUUGACACAGCACUAGACUCGGAGGAUAUAGAAGACGAGAUAGAAGAAGAGGUUGAUAAGGUUUUGACUUCUAUAGCUGGUGAGACUGCUGCAGAGCUUCCAGAAGCAGUCAGGAAGGAGAGGUUGAAGCAACCUGCUACUGCAGAAGCUGCACAGGAGGAAGAAGCAAUAGCUGAGGGUGCUGAUGACGAGGAAGAGUUGGAAGAAAUAAGGGCCCGACUUGCAAAAGUUAGGUCAUAAGAUGAGUUUAAGCCUUUCAGCCUCUCUCCUUUGUCUUCCCCGGCAUUAUAGCAUGAGGUGGUGAGCGUGUGCGACUUGGAUGUAGCAUCUGACUGGAUUGAGAUUGCAGCAGUGAGGCCCCCAUUUACCGCUGACAGAGAACACCAGAGAUGUGUUAUCUUCUGUAUAUUAUUUAAAAGCAGCUUCUUAAAGAGUUUACAAGUAAGCUGUUGUUGUGCAAUAUUCAAGUGCCAAUAUAUGUUGUUGUGUAAAUCUCAAACUUAUAAUUCCUGUAUGGAGAUCCGUGUUGCAUUUAAGGUCUUGUAGCUGGCAUUUGCUCCAUAUUAUAUCCAGAAUAUUUUUGCUCACCACCCUUAAAUGGUGGUGAGCAUUACCA